UCACCUCUGCAGCAACCGAGUAAACAAUCGUGUCACUGUUUCAACGAAAUCCACAUCGCACUGGGCUGAAAGCAACGUCGCUGUGCGCUGCAGGCUGAGGCUGAGGCUGAGGGGAUAUGUAUUAGUCUCGGGUGCAGAUUAUGACUCAGCACCUGUAAACACUGGGGCUGGAGAUGCGUGCUGUGCCCUGCCUCUGUUUGUGCGUCUACUUCCUGGUGGAUGAAGCAGCUCCUCAGUGUUGUCGUAGUAAGUGAAGGGGCAGCAGGAGAGGCAAGGUGGAGGCAGCGGUCGGUGCUCUUAAGUCUCGGUGCAGCUCAAGUAUUUUAUUUUGGGUUUUUUAUCAACCGCGGGUAUUAGUUUUGUUGCAGCGACUUUUGCAUAAAGAAACAUGGGGAGCACGGUGAUGGAGUCCAGCAAACAGGGCUCCAAGAAAAUGCCAAAGAAGCGGAGAAGUCUGCGGAUUAACAUGCCAGACUUCGGCGCAUUUACUUCCCCACAAGUGGAGAGGAGCGUCUCAUCCAAGAGUGCCUCUCAGACGGGGGAGCGCCUGAUCCUGACACCAAGCCCCAGCACAGCAGUGAAGAGUCCAGUCAGCACACCACUGCCACCAUGUCCACAGUCUGCUCCGGUGCAGUCAAAGAUGACCUCACCCAAAAGCAUCUUUCCUUACCCCUCCCCACAGAGCACCUCACCCAAAUCCUCCCGCAGACUAAGCCUCGGCGGGAUCUUCCGCUCGCCGACCAGCUCCUCACCUGUGAGCAUCAAACUCUUCUCACGAACCAGGAGAGCCUCUGGUCUCUCCACACCACCCAGCACCCCCGCACAGGUGGCCAGCCAGCCCGCCUUCCCCCAGGAGGUCCAGCCGAGCAGGCCGAGUCCUGAACGCUUGGAGACGAGCUACAGGUUGCGCUCGCUGUCUACACCUCCAGACACAGGACACCCUUCUGCGAAACCCCCCAUCCCUUCAUCAAGCCCUGUGCCAGUUUACUCUACCUCACAAGUCUACGGAUUAUCUGAAGGCAUGCUGGAGAAACUUGAACUUGAUGAUGAUGCUGCUGAAACUGAGAGCGAUAUUUACACGCGCUUUAUGAAAUCCCACAAGUGCUACGACAUUGUCCCGACGAGCUCUAAGCUGGUGGUGUUCGACACAGCGCUCCAAGUCAAGAAAGCGUUCUUCGCCCUGGUAGCAAAUGGUGUACGAGCUGCACCACUAUGGGACACAGAGAAGCAAAGCUUUGUGGGUAAGAAUGACAGAACAUUUUCCAGAACUUUAUUUGUUUUAUACAGAUACUACAAGUCACCGAUGGUGCAGAUUUAUGAAUUGGAGGAACAUAAGCUGGAGACAUGGAGAGAGGUCUACCUUCAAGCAACAUUCAAACCUCUGGUUAACAUAUCACCUGAUGCAAGCCUUUUUGACGCCGUCUACACCCUCAUCAAAAACAAAAUUCACCGCCUGCCUGUCAUUGACCCCGUCACAGGGAAUGCACUUUAUAUUCUGACUCACAAGAGGAUCCUCAAGUUCCUUCAGCUUUUCAUGCGUGAAAUGCCAAAGCCGGCCUUCAUGAAGCAGACCCUCUCCGAGCUGGGCAUCGGUACGUACCAUGACAUCGCUUUCAUCCACCCAGACACGCCCAUCAUCAAAGCACUCAACAUCUUUGUGGAGAGAAGAGUGUCUGCUCUGCCUGUGGUGGAUAAUUCUGGAAAGGUUGUGGACAUUUACUCCAAGUUUGAUGUAAUUAACUUGGCUGCUGAGAAGACAUACAACAACCUGGACAACACAGUGACACAGGCUCUGAAGCAUCGCUCACAGUACUUUGAAGGCGUCGUCAAGUGCAACAAAAUGGAAACCAUGGAGACCAUCGUGAACAGAAUAGUCAAAGCUGAGGUACACCGGUUAGUGGUGGUGGACGAGCACGCAAGCAUCGAGGGCAUCGUCUCCCUGUCGGACAUCCUCCAGGCUCUGGUGCUCAGCCCCACAGAAGCCUCCAAGGAGGAAAACCUGACCAUGUAUGAGGGAGGCAGCGUAAGCAAUAGUGGAAACCUGGUGGGAGAGACUGCAGGGAAGUCCACUGGCUGAGAUGAUGUGAGGACGACUAGCACCUGUGUGAAGGUUCAGGGAGGAGACGUCUGCAACAGAUGCACUAUAGAGGCUUGGAAACCAAAGAGCUAGAGGAAGGGAGUGAAGAGGAGUCCCUGCACUGAGGGGUUUUUCAGAUUUGGUUUGCUUUGUUUUUGUGUUUGAACACUGAUCAGACAGACACGAGUACAUAGAUCUAUAGAUAGAUACACAUUAGUGAUCCCAGGCUGAAAGAUUAAAGUGGAGCAGCAGCAUCACAUACACAGACAAUAAUAACAAUGAAGUAAUAAGAGGAAGCACAACUUAGACAUAUUAAGCUAUAAUGAAACGCAAAAAGAUGUGUAUAAAAUGUAUAGAUAAGCAGUACAAACUGUAUUGGUAAAAUGUGUAGAUGGACAGAUGAGCCCCAAGUAUAAAAAUGUACAGUAUAAAAUAAAUAUGUAUAUAUAUAAGCAGUGUCGAUUGUAGUGCAGGAAAAGACAUGAGGUGAAGUGAAUAGUUGUGCAUACAGCUGUGUAAAGUGCGUAGAGGAAACUAAGAUUAUGACCAUCACACUGUAUACAAUACGCACACACUCCCUACAGACACAGGUGCAUGUUGGGUAUCUGCCGGUGUUUUCAGUGGGAACACUGAGACAGGUUCUCAUGAAUUAGGGCUUUAGAUAAAUGUAUAUCUACAACCUCGCUGCUGUAAUCGGUCGCUUUAAGUCAUUGUUUGACACUGAAGCAGGAAAAUGCACCGGCUUUUAAAAGUUCACUGAGGCAGACGUCACAGUUUGAUUUAAAACUGCAAUUUACUAACGCCGUGGCCGUUUUAUGACUGUUAAAACGAUGGGUUUCCUGCGCCAACGUUUAUCUCCAUGUCCUUUUAUCGCCCUAUUAGUGCCUUUUGGUUUGGUCUGACAGCAAUUCUGAUGCUUUACAUUAAAAAAUAGUAGUAUUUGUGAUUGAGUAACUGGUGACAUUAAAAUGUAAUGUUUUUUUCAUUUUGGAAAAUCAUAAACACAACAUCAGGUUUUAUUA